AUGAAGACUGAAUGGGGUUUUGAUGAAUUGGUUCCUUUAGACAGUUUCACUGAUGCUUCCAAAGGAUAUCUGCUUGAUGACUGCUGUGUGUUUGGAGCAGAGGUUUUUGUUAUAAAAUAUUAUGGCAAAGGCGAAUCUGUGUCAAUGAUGAAGGAUCCUCUGAACAAGGGUUACACUUGGCAAAUUAGUAAAUUUUCAGCAAUGGAUAAGGAAUUUCUUCUCACUUGGAAAAUUACUAAUUUUUCAGCAAUUGAAAAUGAAAGUUUGCUCUCUGAAGAGGUGGUUUUUGGAGAGCACAAGCGGCAAUUAAAGCUUUAUCCCAAAGGAUUGGGAACUGCAAAAGGUAAAAGCCUCUCAGUUUUUCUGCAGCUUGCUGAUUGGGAAACAAUUCCUUCUGAACAGAAAGUCUAUGCUGAAUAUAAGUUUGUUAUAAGGGACCAGGUCCAAGUAAUCAUUUCUACAAGGAAGAGGAAGGUGAAAUCCAUUUUCAUUAGAAUUGCUCAACAAACACAGAGUGUAUACGAACAGAUAUCGAUAUGA